AUGCUUUUCUCAGAAGUACAACCAACUCUCAAUCUUUACAAUUGCUUUAUAGUGCCCGUAUGGAAGGCCCCCAUCUAUAACUCACCUAAACAGAACUUCAAGAGAGGAAUGUAUGCAAUGUCUACUGCAACUUUAUUGAUUGAGCCAUUGAAUCACUUUACUAAUCAUGUGAAAAUCUUGAACCAGUUCUACGAAUGGCCCAAGACUAGAUCAGAGUACAAUAUCUUUUUCAAGGAGGUAUUCAGACUACCAGAGUUCUGGCCUGAACUUGCAAAAAAAAUCUCUUUUGGUCUAUUAGCUGGUGGUGCUGAUGUUGGAGUUAAAUUGGCUGCAUGGCAAUGGAUUUAUGGAGGUACAUAUUCUCCCUAAGAUUAUGCUGAUUCUAACACAUUCAAACAUUUGACAUGCGCUAUUGUUGCUUUCGCCCCUACUUGCAUGACUGGUAUUCCUUUCGAAAACGCCAGAAGAGCAUAUUUUGCCGAUAGAACAUGGCCAGUUGAAUUGAGAAGAGGCUAUUCCUCACCAUUGAAUGCACUCCUCAGAAUACCAUUUGAAGAAGGACCAUCAUAUCUAUUCAAGGGUGGAUUCCCAAUCUACACAAGUUCUUUCCUAUUCUGGACAACUUUCUGCACAGUCUACUCCUUCAAUAAGAAUAAAUUCUUCUUCCUUUGGGUUUACAACGACUUCAACUACGAUUUCAUAAAGGCAGGAAAUAUGGCAUUAAGUUUCGGUAUUGCUUCAUUUUUAGGUUAUCCUCUAUAUUUCACACGUGAAAUGGUUGACUUGUGGCCAAAGGAGCGUGGUGGACAUUGCACUUGGAACAAUUCAUAUAGAAACUGUGCCAAGUGGAUGAUUGAAAACAUGGAUCAACUCUACUUCAAUUUCAUGACUGGGUAUACACGCUGGUUAAAGCGUGUUGGUAUUCAAUAUUUCAUCGCCCUCUGGAUGGCAGAUAACCUUGGGAUGUUCAGUAAUUGUAACGAGGCCUGGGCAUCACUCGAGUAUCAAUCUCCAAUCUCAUCAGAGUCUACAUGA